ACGUUGAGUUGUGACGAUCGCGUGUCGGUCAAGGAAAUUUUCUUGUUUCUUUUCAUAUCUCGGAGGACAGAGAGGAAGUUGCAGCUUUUGAUAAGCUAAAUGCCUACUGAAGUCGAGUCAUCAGAUUCUGAUCGUUCUGAUAAGUGAAGCCCUUGAAAUAAUACUAGAGGAGGGCCAGUGCAAGUGUGCCCCCUGCUCAGAAACACUUCAACUUUGACUUUGUGGAAUUUAACCCUCUAAGGUUGAGUUGGAAUUGGCUGCUGUGAUGUCUGAUACUAAGAAAAUAGUCUAUUCAAUUAUUCAGUUCUUGAACGCCCAGCUUCAUGAUGGCAGUUUGUCACAAGACAGUCAGGAGAGUCUGGAGGUGGCCGUUCAGUGUUUGGAGACGUCGUUCGGCCUCAGCGCCAAUGACACACACCUGAGCGUCGACAAGACGCUGCCGCAGAUCUUUGCAGAUGGACUCAAACAAACGGCGUCUGCCGCCGGUGUCACGGCGGCCACCGCGGCCCCGGAGCCCGCCCCGCGCGCUCCGGAGGCCACCGCCGAACAGAAGGAGCGAGCCGAGGCGCUGAAGAACGAGGGCAACAUCGCCGUCCGGGAGGAGCGUCUGCACGAGGCGGUCGACAAGUACACACAGGCGAUCGAGCACGACGGCAACAACGCAGCGUACUUCAGCAACCGGGCAGCGGCGUACACCAAGCUGGGUAACUACCUGGCGGCCGUGGAGGACGCCCAGCGCGCGCUGCAGAUCGACCCCACCUACACAAAGGCCUACAGCCGGCUGGCGCUGGCGUAUGCCGGUUUGAACCGGUUCGAUGAGGCCAAGGCGCAGAUUAAGAAGGCUCUGGAGCUGGACCCGACCAAUGAAAGCUAUCAGAACAACCUGCGGGUGAUCGAGGCGCGGAUGGGCGACACGAUAACAGCGGCCGGCGGCGCGCCGGGCCUGGGCGGCCUGCCCGGUGGGUUCGGUAACAUUGCCAACAUGGGCGGACUCAACCUGGAGGCCAUGCUGAACAACCCGGCCAUGAUGAACGUGGCCGCGCAGAUGAUGCAGGACCCCAACAUGCAGCAGAUGAUGAACAACUUGAUGGGCGGCGGGGCCGGAGGGCCGCCCGGAGCCGGCGUACCGCCCGGAGCCGGAGCGGGGGCCGGGGCAGGAGGCGCCGGUGGCUUCGAGGCACUCCUACAGGCGGGCCAGCGGCUAGCCGAGCAGAUGCGAGCCUCCAACCCGGAGCUGAUCGAGCAGCUCAGGCAGCAGAUGGGCGGCAACCAGCCGCCGCCGCCGCCCCCGCCCUCGUCAGGGGACAGCUAGACGACGAAGGUGACGGCGAAUGGCAGGCGGGUCCGGCAGCGCAGCCCGGCGCAGCGGUCGGUACCAUUUUGUACUACAUGCUCGUGACAAUACCCGUUCCGCUUUCCAAGGCCUUGCGUGCUCGGUUCGCCCGCAUUAUAUAUAGGCAUCAAAUAAUACAGAUUACUGAGAAUAAUCGAAAUGUUGUUUCGUUUGUUCGUUAGUUCCCUCCUUUUCCGGAAAGACCUUCGCCCAGUUAUGUUAAAGCAGUUACACUUGGAAGAGUCAGGAAUGCAUAAGGGAUCCCUUUCCAUUUCCAGCCUUUUACCAGCGGGGCGAGGAAACCAGGGACGGCGUACUACAGUGGUCAGACCUGAACCCCUAAUCGGAGCUGUGACUCCAUAGUCCAUACACGUCAUUUACAAAGUUUGGUUAGACUUAGAAUGUUCCGUUGUGCCUAGGUGGAGCUUAAGUAAGUGAAUUUCUUACAUGGUACGCGAUCAGGCAUCAGUUUUGGGUUAUUCCUCGUAGAUGACUCGUGAAAUUAUCGGCAUGCGGCGCGCUUCCAGCGUAAAUCGUGAGCAGAGAUUCCGAAGAAAAGCUGGCAUUGAAGUUAGUUAUACUGGUGCGCAGCCAUUGCCUCGGUUGUCAACUGGUGUAAUAGCUCAGAUAUUACGGCUGUUACGACACCACAGUGUGUUGUGAAGUGCUCGAGAAAUACACUUCUCCAAAUGA